CCUACCCAUUGGAGAUGUUAAAUUCCAGAGCUUGGUUAUAAGAUGCAGAAAAGUGUGUACAAGACUGACUUAAGAACACAAAACAGAUUUCCUCCAAGAAGAAUGAUCAUAAAUCUCAACAAAUGUGCACUUAAAUUAGAUCUUCAGCAUUCAGUAUCAUUCCCUUUCAAAGACAAAAGCAUCAGUGAUGGAUGGUUUUCAUAAUGAUAUUGGUGCACAACCAAGUAGGACUUAAGUGACUUCAAAAUAUUGAAAUCACUGUAAGGAUUAAGUAGACCACUUGACAAAGAUAAAUUUUGAAUGAUGCCUGCUACCGAGACAGUCUACAAGUGUGGUGUGUGUAGUAAGUUAUUCGAUGAGUUGUCAAGCCUACAGAUCCAUCUCGAGACACAUCUAGACCAGACAGGCUUCAUAUGUGAUAUCUGUGAUAAAAAGUUCAAUGAUCCUCAUAACCUACGGAGACACAAACAGACACAUACAGGUGAGAGGUCAUACAAGUGCGGGGAAUGUGAAAAGUUGUUUUCUAACCAAAACAAUUUGAAGACACACUUGCGGACACAUACAGGAGAAAAACCAUACCAAUGUGAUAUUUGUAGUAAAGCAUUUAGUGAUUUAUCUCCCCUACAAUACCAUCUCAAGAUCCACACAGGAGAGAAGCCCUACAUAUGUGAUAUAUGCCAAAAAGGGUUUAGUAGUGCCUCUAGUUUAAAAAGACACCUCAGAGUCCAUACUGGAGAGAAACCAUACAAAUGUGACAUUUGUAGUAAGGCAUUUAGUGAUUUGUCUCACAGACAAUACCAUCUCAAGAUACACACAGGAGAGAAGCUUUACACAUGUAACGAGUGUCAAAAGGGGUUUGGUAGUGCGUCUAGUUUAAAAAGACACCUUAGAGUCCAUACUGGAGAGAAACCAUACAAAUGUGGCAUUUGUAAUAAAAUGUUUAGUGAUUUAUCUCCUCUACAAUACCACCUCAGAAUACACUCAGGAGAGAAGCCCUACACGUGUGAUACAUGUCAGAAAAUGUUUAGCAGUGCGCAUAGUUUAAAAAGACACCUCAGACUCCAUACUGAACAGGAACAGUAGAAAGAAGAGAUCUAUACAGACACUUAGUUUUUUAUCUUUCCUGCAACACCACCUCAUGAUACAGUACAAUAUCAACAGAAGUUGUUUAUAGAUUUUGAUACAUACAGUUGACCCCUGUGACCUUGAAAGUGGGUGGAAGUCAUUCUUUGGAACACAUACAUGGUGACUCUUAUUCCUACGUUUGCAAACCUUAACAAAUUUGACUCUUGUGACUUUGAAAUGGUCAAGUUCAUUCAAAUUCCUUGAAACAAACUUGGUAGUCUUUCACCCUAGCAUGAACUUACCUGCAUACCAUUGCACAAGCUCAAUUUGACUUUGUGCAGGUAGGCCGAAUCGUCAUCUAUUUGUGUAAAAGCAUUUCACCUUUAAAUUCUUUACUUGACAUUUAGAAUUAGUGAAUUUGAAUAGUGCAUGUAAUUGAAAAUCUUGCUCUUCAUAAUUCAAACCGAAUACACAAUCAGAUAUUGGGUGACAACUCAAUUGUUUACUGGCAAUCAAUUCAAAUGACUAUAAUUGUAUGAGUGUAUGAGGUAGUCAUAUAUGCUUAGGAAUUAAUUUUUGUUAAUUUUUACUUUGUUUUGUGGUAAAUAUUUUAUGUAAAUUGUACAUGUCGUUAUGUAUGUUUGAAAGAAAACUUUAUUCAGAACUAUUUCAUCAGUUCAAUACAAACUAGUGUGUGUGUGCUUUAUGAUUCUUGCUGAAUGACUAAAAAAGUGUGUGUUGCUGUCAUCAAUUGUAAUGAGAUUGAACUGAAAAUAAACA